AUGGGCAACAGCAGCAGCAUAGCAAAGAGAUGGAAACAACUCAGCGGCGAAGACCAUUGGAAAGGACUAUUAGACCCUCUUGACAUCGACCUACGGCAUUACAUAAUCCACUACGGUGAAAUGGCAGAAGCAACAUACGAUUCUUUCAACUCAGAAAAAGCAUCAAAGUUUGCUGCUCUUCCUGAAGCUUUCAUUGUGAAGUCUUCUUGGGAGGAUGCUUGGUGUAAAGAAUCAAAUUGGAUUGGGUAUGUUGCUGUGGCUACUGAUGAAGGGAAAAAGGCUUUGGGGAGAAGGGAUAUUGUUGUUGCUUGGAGAGGAACUAUUCAGACAUUGGAAUGGAUUGAGGAUCUUGAGUUUUGGUUGGUUUCUGCUCCUAAAGUGUUUGGUCAUGACAACGUUGUUGAUCCUAAAGUACAUCAAGGUUGGUACUCCAUUUAUACUUCUGAAAAUCAAGAAUCUCCAUUCAAUAAGACAAGUGCCCAAGAACAGGUUUUAACUGAGGUGAAAAGGUUGGUGGAAACAUACAAGCAUGAAGAAACAAGCAUAACAAUAACUGGACACAGUUUAGGUGCUGCACUUGCAACUCUAAAUGCAGUAGACAUUGUUAAAAAUGGUUACAACAAACCAAGUGACCCAUCUGUCAAGGCAUCACCAGUUGCAGCCAUAAUAUUAGCAAGUCCAAGAGUUGGUGACGAAAAUUUUAAAACUGUUUUUUCUAGUUUUAAAGAUCUCUCACUAUUACGCAUUGCAAAUGAGUUAGAUAUUGUACCAAAGUAUCCUUUAGUUUUCUAUUCAGAUGUAGGGGAAGAGUUGAAAAUUGACACUACAAAAUCGAUGUAUUUAAAGAAGUCAUGUAAUCCGUUCAGUAAGCAUAAUUUGGAGAUUUAUUUGCAUGGAGUAGCAGGGACACAAGGGAGUAAUGGAGGAUUCGAUCCUGAGGGUAAUCGUGAUAUUUCACUUGCGAAUAAAACGAUGGAUGCUUUGAAAGAUGAAUAUCAUGUACCUGCGUCAUGGAGGGUUGUAGAGAAUAAGGGUAUGGUUCAACAAUUGGAUGGUUCUUGGAAGCUUGUGGAUCAUGAGGAUGACACUCAGUUUUAA